CUUCCCCAGCUGUUCCGCCGUACCUCAACGAGCCUGCGCAAUGGGCGCUCGUCAAGUGUAGGAGACCAAUAGCGCGCCCGCACUGGCGAACCGGGAGAGAGCGAGAGACAACGCACACAGCGAGAGGGGGAGCGAGAGAGCGAGAGACAGUCAGAGCAGACGGGAUGAAGCAGGAGCACACUAACGGUUUCCUCCGGUAAACAAGCGGAGCAGGAGCCUGGAAAUCACCGGCGGACAGCGGAGGGGGGGAUUUCGGGGACACAGCCAUGGCGACGGGGGGAGGAGGAGUGAGGCGGAGGAGGAAAGCGGGGCUCCCGGGAUUCUGCUGGAAGACCUGCUACUUUCCCAUUUUGUUCUGGGUGGUUUCGGUCUGCGGGGAGGAGAAGACUCUGAUUGUGGAGACGUGGCUGAAGAACUACGGCUACCUGCUGCCUCACGACGUCCGUACGUCAGACCUGCGGCAGGAGAAAGCCAUGCAGUCCGCUGUGGCCGCCAUGCAGCGCUUCUACGGCAUUCCUGUGACGGGAAUCCUGGACGAGACGACUAUAGAGUGGAUGAGGAGACCUCGCUGUGGUGUCCCAGAUCAUCCUCACACCAGCCGCCGACAGAGGAAUAAACGCUACGCCCUGACGGGACAGAAGUGGAGAGAUAAAAAGAUCUCCUAUAGCAUAUCCAACUUCACCCCUAAAGUGGGAGAGAAGGACACCCAGAGAGCGAUCCGACAAGCCUUCAACGUGUGGCAGACGGUCACUCCGCUCUCCUUCCAGGAGGUGCCAUACUCGGAGAUCAAGAACGAGGGUAAAGAGGCCGACAUCAUGAUCUUCUUCGCCUCUGGUUUCCAUGGUGACAGUUCCCCAUUUGACGGAGAGGGGGGUUUCCUGGCCCACGCCUACUUCCCCGGCGCCGGUAUCGGUGGAGACACGCACUUUGACUCUGACGAACCGUGGACGCUGGGCAAUGCCAACCACGACGGUAAUGAUUUGUUCCUGGUGGCGGUCCACGAGUUGGGUCACGCAUUGGGUUUGGAGCACUCAAACGAUCCCAGUGCCAUCAUGGCUCCUUUCUACCAGUACAUGGACACGCACAACUUCAAACUGCCUCUGGACGACCUGCAGGGCAUACAGAAGAUCUACGGUAUUCCCACGGCCAUGCUUGAACCCACCAGGCCGCUGCCUACCUUACCUUCUCGACGGCCGCACUCCACCUCCGAACGCAAGCACUCCCGCCCGGCACGCCCGCCCGGCGACCGGCCCGCGCUGCCCGGGAACGGAAAACCCAACAUCUGCGACGGCAACUUCAACACUGUGGCCUUCUUCAGACGGGAGAUGUUCGUCUUCAAGGACCGGUGGUUUUGGCGUCUGAGGAACAACAAGGUGCAGGAGGGUUAUCCCAUGCAGAUCGAUCAAUUCUGGAAGGGCCUGCCACCUCGCAUCGACGCCGCCUACGAGAGAUCUGACGGCAAAUUUGUCUUCUUCAAAGGCGAUAAGUACUGGGUGUUCAAGGAGGUGACGGCUGAGCCGGGUUACCCUCACAGCCUGGUGGAGCUGGGCAGCUGCCUCCCCAAAGACGGCAUCGACACGGCGCUGCGCUGGGAGCCGUUUGGAAAAACUUAUUUCUUCAAAGGGGACCAGUACUGGCGCUACAACGAAGAGAAACGCACGGCCGACCCGGGAUACCCCAAACCCAUCACCGUGUGGAAGGGAAUACCGGACGGACCGCAGGGGGCCUUCAUCAGCAGGGAAGGAUCCCACACAUACUUCUACAAGGGGAAGGAGUACUGGAAGUUCGACAACCAGAAGCUGACGGUGGAACCCGGAUACCCAAAGUCUAUCUUGCGCGACUGGAUGGGCUGCGACCAGUCCGACAUGGAGCGCUCCGGCAGCAAGGGUAACCGCGGUGACCGCCAGCUGCCCCUCGACGACGUGGACAUCAUGGUGACCAUCAACGACGUCCCGACGACAGUCAACGCCAUCGCCGUGGUGAUCCCUUGCAUUCUGUCGCUGUGCAUCCUGGUGCUGGUGUAUACCAUUUUUCAGUUUAAAAACAAAGGAGUGCAACAGAACACCAUGACGCAGCACUACUACAAAUACCCCGUUCAGGAAUGGGUAUGACAGGCAACUUUCCUUUGAAGAGGUCAAAGUUCACGGAUUAAAGAGGGUCAAGCUGUCUUCAUAUUGUUAGCUAGCUUAUCUUGGCUAACAGUCAAGAAACGCUAGCAAAAAAACAAUGGAAAGUCAGCGCUGAAAGACGCUAAUUGUGCUCGCUAGUGAUAAAAUGGCACACACUGAAAAUGCUCUACGGGAGUAUAUUUAGACAUUGGCUCAGAGUGUGUGUGUGUGUGUGUGUGUGUGUGAGCGGGAGGGAGAUUCGUGCCUGUCCUGUGACACGAGCACUAAAACAGCAAGGAUACUGAUUUUGUCUUUUCCCGUUCCUCAUCGGGCAAGGACGCUUAAAACAGUUCACAAAAGAAGGAUUUGCUAAGGGAGCGAUAAACAGCUGAUCUUUCACCUGAUUUGCCCACAAGCUAAGUGAAAUGGGGUCUUGUGAGCGAUACUGGACUUUGACUUUCUUCUGGGACCUACGACACAACUCUCCUUCUCAGUGAAAAGAAAAAGAAAAAGAGGAUUUGGGGCCAAAAGAAUAUGCUCCUUAAAGCCAGACACCACCUCCAAGUUUGUUCUAACAAAGCUUGUACUUCAACUAUUAAGUCAAAAAAAAAGAAAAGAAAAGUUUUCAAAAUAUCAAACUUGAAGAUAACACUUAGGUAGAAAGGCCAUAACAAAAAGAAAACCAAGGAUCUCUGUGUGGAUCGUGGAAUUUUGUUUAUUUUUUAGUUGUUGUCAAAACUGUCAAAGAGGACCUUUUUCUUUCUUUUUUUCACCAUACACAAAAGACAUCCUCAUCACCAUUAACUCAGACCUCUGUCAACUUAAAACUCCCCUCAGUUAUUCAAACAAAAACAGAAAAAUGCUGUUAUCUACACAGCUGGGACUGUUUUGGGGCAGACGUAGAAUAGCCAGUCAUCAGCAUAUAAAGAUAGAAUGGAUUAAUGACAGUUUACCAGCUUUAUUUAUCAAACUGAGCCGGUAUUUAUCAAACUGCUAAAAGUGAGACUUUGGACUUAAGUGAAACAUAAAAGUAAUCCUUAAAUUUUACUCCUACUCACACGUGAAAUUAAAAUCUGUUUAUCCAAUUUCUUACAGAUUAUAAUGUACUCAAAUUUAAAGGAUUUCCUUUAUUUACGAGAUCUUGGAGUUGAUUGUACGAACUAUCAUGUUUGUACAAACUAUAAGUUUACUGAAGCAGCAGCAUUCAGAAAAAAGCCUUUUUACUUUGCACUGAUUUGAACUUUUGAUAGGAUGUUACACCACUUUCUUUUUUGACAGUGGGCAAACAACAACAACAAAAAGGAUGGUAUUUUUUGCAGUUAACUACGAGGAUUCGUUUAAAGAAUGAACAAUAGGACAGAUAAAUCCUUGUGUCUGAUUGGCUCUUCCUGCUCUAAACAUGCAUGUUCUUAAAUGUUUUCUGUAAGUAGGAGUAAGUUAUAUGUCUGAAUGCUCACUCUCAGCAAAGAGCUUUAUUAAAUCCUAGAUUGGAUCUAAUGUAGGGCUGCGCAAUUAGGAUAAUAACAAUAAUAUGAUUGAGGUUUUCCCAAAUUAAUUGUGAAUCAUAUUGUGAUCGCAAUUUCUGUCGAAAUAAUCGCAAUAUGAUGUUUUUACCAUAUCGUGCAGCCCUAGUCUUACAAGCAUUCUUAUGUGUAAUUAUUAGAAGUUUGAUAAAUAUGAGUCCGGAGCUGAGCUAGUUAGUGUAGUUGGUUCCUUGAGUCUGUCAUGGCGUUAUCCUCAUCUUUGUGUUUUUCUCUUUCAUGCUCUACUGAGGAGGGAGGCUCCUCAAGAUGUGAAAGAACUGGAGAAAUGCAAAAAGGGAGGAAAUGGAAAGAGAACAUAAAGUGUGACAUGACAGGGAUGCAGAAUAAAGCAGGGUUUCAAUAGACAGAGUGUGGGGGUGGGGGGGGAGGUUACACAGAGGAUAUAUGUGGGUCUGUAUUAGUAUGCUGACUGCGGCACGGCGACAUCGACCGAGCUUAAUGAAGUACGUCUGUUCACAAAGCUCUAAUAGGGGCUACUCGCUCUCCACGUCCCUCGCUUUAAUCCUACUGUCCUCCCUCUGUCUUUUCUUACUGUCCUCUUGUAAUUCUUCACAUCGUGUCAAUCGCCUCGCUCUCUCCGUUUCCCCCUUUUACCUUCUCCUCUGUCCGUCUGCGCUGCUCUCCCUCACUGCUUACCUCGUCUUCCUUUAGGUUCAGCAUCGUUUAACACCCUAGGUUGCCUGUCCAACUUCAGUAGAUUCAGUCAGGGCUCUUUGGGUCCACAUAGUCGACUUUUAAUCCUCAGAAGGACUUGUCGACACAUUUUAAGGCAAGGCAAAUUUAUUUGGCAAUUCAAAGUGCUUUACAUAUGACAUUUAUUAAGAAAAGAAACAAUAUACACAAUAUAAUAUAAAAAAUACAUUUAAAUAGAGUAAAAUAAAAUAGCAGAGCUAAACUAGAAUCAAAAAGGAGAAUGAGAAUAACAAGAUAUGAAUGAAUAGUCCUAAAUUGACAUCAUAUUUACACAGAAAGCUCCCUAAUUUAAAAGAACUGAGUUUGAUACACAUAUGUGGUGUUUAGUUUAAACUCUUAGGUCAAUAAGAAGACCUGAUCCCAGACCAUCUUAGAGGAUGGUUUUUAAUGGAGCUGUAGAUCAGAAAUUUACUUUGGCCCUAUACCAUGUAGUGCUUUAUUAACCAACAAAAGCAUCUUAAAGCAGCUUCUUAUUAGACACACACAAAGCCAGAAUAAAGAUCUGAGAACUGGACUGAUGUGGCCUCUCCUGGUCUUAGUGAGGACUCUAGCAGCUAAAGACAGCGUUAAUGUAGUCGAGCCAGGUGAAGAUAAAAAGAAAAGAUUUUCUAAGACAGAUAUUACUCCUCUAAUUAUUGAUAUGUUCUUAAGAAGCUAGUUGGCUGAUUUUGUAAUUGUCUCAAUGAAAUUUAGGGCUGAGUAAAGGAAGAAUUUUGACUUUAAUGUUAUCGAUGGAAGUUUAGCACUGACAAUUAUUUCUGUUUUAUCUGUUUAACUGAAGGAAAUUGUUGCUCAUGCAAUCAUUGAUUUGUUCAUUGCACCUAAUCAGUGCUUGUACAGGACCAUAGCCACCUUGUGAUAUCGCUAUAUAAAUCUGUGUGUCAUCUGCAUAAUUAUGGAAAGCGAGCUAAAAAUUAUAUGUUUCAUGCAUUUCUGUGAGACAAGACACAACAUUUGAAUUUGUUUACAUCAGUUUAAAGAUUUAAAGUACAACAGCCUUCAAAAGUGAACUUUUUUCUAUAAAGUACAUGCGAUAAGACCAUCUAAUUUUGACUUUAAUCACCCGGGAGUCAGUUAUGGUCCCUUUUCGAAUCUCAGAAAGACAAAUUAAGAUUUGAUAGUUUGAAAUAAAAGCCUUUCAAUCAAAUUCCAAAGUACUUAUUAUUGACAUCAACUGAUAAUUUAUUGGCUGUUAUUUAACUAUCCAGAUCAUUUAUAACUAUAUAAAUUGCCCAUUAUUGUCCGAUCUUGCCUCUCUAAUAAAAAGGUAGACUUGAGUCAUCUUUAUGUAACACUCCAGCAGCACUGCAGUUCCAACAAAGCAAGCUUUAUUUAAAUACACAAGCUGCUCAUUUAAAUGUCAUUAACUCCGAUAUGACUCAUAAUGGUUCACUCAGAGGCCAGUUGGCUCCCCAGAGGGAGUUUGGAGUCCCCCGUCCAUGACCCUCCCACCCCAGGCUGGAAAUCACUGUUGUAGGGCGAACUGGGAUAUCCUAACUGUGACUCAGAUUUAAAUGUUGGGUCGAGAAGAGAUAAAACUCAGAGGAGAUUUAACUAUACAAUCCAUAUAUACUGUACAUCCACACACAAAUGCACAUUAAUAACGCAGUAGGGGGCAGCGUGUCAUUUCCAAGGCUACUUUAGACUCUUGCUCCGUCUCCCUCUCCCCUUGUUCUCAUUCGCUCAGCUUUGUACCUUAUUCACCGAGCUCGCUGUCCUGCAGUAAUUGAAUGUGUUCUCGCCACAUAUCCUUGCAAUUACUUUCUGCUGUCGAGAGCAAUUCAGCAUACACAGCAUUCAGCUCAAAUCGAUGUCGUUCAAUAUCCUGCAGUGCUUAUUUAGAAUCAGUGGGAAACGUAUAUUUGUUCCUCGAGGGUGUACAAUAAACACAGGACAAGACAUUCUUCUCCUUUUACCUUAAAGUCUGUAUACAUCAUACGGACUGUGUCUGCUGCGAGGGUUGUGCGAGUUUGUGGAAACAUGAAUGUCUAUCCAAAGAAAAUUGCCUAUUGGACCAAACUUGUCUUUCUCUUCUAUUUUCUCAGCUUGACUGUGAUGGUCUGGAAAGAUCUGCUUGAUUCAGAAUAUGCAUUUGAUCAGAAUUUUAAGUGAAUAAAAUUGAAAAGUUACAUUACAAAAGAGGAUAUCCGACAUUUGGAUGGACAUUAUUGAUUAAUCGGCUAAUUAUUUUGCCAGUUGAUCAUGUUUAUAUGAAUUGUCGAUGGUGAUUGAUGAGCCCAAAGUGAAAACAAACCAAACACUUGCACUAGCUCUGGCCACCAUAGUGUCUCUUACAUCCUGGAGCUGGUUGCAUAGGCUAUAUGUCACUGAAUCCAACACACUGGUCCCUAAAAGCUCUUGUCACAUAAUGGGAAUAUGAUCGCUGGUGGAAAUAAAUCCUAACUAAAUUUACUGACUAACUGAAGCUGUUAUGGAAAACAGUACAAUCAAAGUUGCAUGAUGUCAGUUUUUUAAAUAUUUAUUCUGUCUCAAAGGAUGUCCAUCAUUUUGGAAUGAAACCUUUCAAUGGUGAUCAACUCAACUCAAAGUUGUUCAGUUACAAAACGUUGGAGCAACGGAGAAGAUUGUGUAAAUUGAAAAGGAAAACGGAAAUAAUGUUUACUUACAGCAAAACAAUAAUGGCAUUGAGUUCUGUAGCCAUUAGUCGCUUAGAAAGGCUCCAUUUUUGGACUGUUUAUCUUGAUACCACUGUGUUUUUAAGUUGUUGAUUGUCUUCCUUAAUUUUCACUCUACAGGUCAAGUUAUACGACUAUUUUAUCAGUUCAUUUAUUUCUUUUAUUGAUGAAAAAACACUUCAGGUUUUCUGCUUUUGUGCAUUUCUUAUACCAGACAGGCAACGAGGAGGUUGGGGGUAGAUAUCAUGUGAUGUUUGUACUUGUUGAGGUGCACUAUAAAACCAGAUAAGUUAAUUUUACUCAAAAGAUUGUUGAAAUUAGUUGCAUAAAAAUUUGUAUGUAACAUAAACUUGAUGGAUUAUUGAUUGAGCUGCUUUUACUAGUAAUUUUAAGUGGCAUUAACUAAGAAAAACAGAAACAUUCCUGAUUAAUAACUUUUUACUAGGUAUUUUGUUUUCACAGUACAAAUAAAAAUGACAAAAUUAAGUUAUUCUCACUUAAAAUUACUAAUGCUACUUAAUCAAGGAUGGGUUUUUUAACUUACAAAAUGUAAUUAGUUUUACUUAAAAAGUUUGACAUAAUCCAAACAACAAUUAUUUGAGUAAAAUUAACUUAUAAAUGGUUUUACAGUGUGGGUAUCGGCCGUGUUGGUGUCUCUACUUGACGUUGGUGCGCUUUGUAAAUAGUAGCGCUCCGGGCUGGUUGUGCAGCAGGUUUGUAACUCUGUGAUUUAACAUGAGAGAUGACGGGGAAAGGGAGCGCUGUAGCUUUCUCUCGGUGUGUUUUUUCCCCCGAGGGGGGAAACAUUUCAUCGAGCUAACAAGAGGUUUCCACUUCACUACUCCCACGUGUAAUAAUAAUAAUAAUAAUAAUAAUAUCUCUGAAUUCAUUUCACUCUCUCUCACCGUCAAUGUCGUUCUUGGUGCUCAUUCAUAAUGUAAAUGACAGAGUUGCAUACAGGAUUAUUACUGACUUCAGCUAUCAGGUACUUAUUGCAGGCAGAUUAAACCGCUCAUCUCCUUACAUGUUGCAAGCCACCGAGUCGCUGCACUGAUGCAAUCGGGGAUUAAGUGCCUUGCUUCACGGCACUUCAGCAGAAGAUGUUGCGGGAGAGAGGAUGCGGUUCCUCGUGCUGAAUUUUAAAGCGCUUUUUGGGGCGUUAAAGUUAACCGUUUAGGCUCCGGCCGCCCCGAUGUUUGCUUUGACAACGAAUGACUCCUGUUCUCACAUCAUCCUCAUCAGGUUACAGUGGUUAUAUAGGAAAGGUCUUAUUGUGGAGGUUGGCAUGUUGAGAGUGCAGUACUUAAUGGGAGAGGGCAAUUUGUUGAAUUUUAACUACAGGGGGUUAAUGAGGAGGUAGAACCGUCUUUUCCAUCAUGUUUUACCUCCAAGCCCUCGUUAGAGUAAAGUCUGAAACUGUGUAUAUAUUUACUGAGAUUUACAGAAGAAUAGCAGUUUACAAAAGUACAGUGUAUUUCAGCAGAUGUCUGUUUGUGGAAGUGGAAUAAGGGUAAUGAAGAAAACAUACUGUCGUGGUUUAUCGUCUUAUUCAUAUUACUUAUGGAACACACACAAAGAGAAAAUAUAUGUACAUGAGAUUUUUAACCUACGUGGUGGACGCCGUCCAUCCACCGCUCUUUUGUUUCAAGCUUAUUUAUUCAGCUAGGUUCUGUACUUGUCACAGAGGGCAAAGGGUCCUCUGAAAAUAUGCCUCUUUUAUAGUAAUUGUAUGCAGACCUGGGAUAAACUGGCACCGAAACGUACUCCGUACACCGGUGCUGGUGGAUUUGUCUGCCGCAACGCGAUCCUCGUCAGUCACAUUCCCUCCUCUUUGCCCAUUUCACACCAAGUACUGUGCAUCCAUCACGUAAACGUUACUCUCAGUUCAAAAGAGGAAGGAAGGAUUGCGGUUGCCGCUGUGGCAGAUGAAUACAGAAAAAAACGAAUUACUCUGUAAGAAAAAAGUUUUGCAAGAGUUCAGCCUCGUUAAAGGAGCGGAGAAGCUGAUCUCUUGACAUUUUGUCCCAGGUCUGAUGAUGUUCUGGUGGCUUUGGACAACAGUGAGUUGCCUUUAAAGGUAGACUUAGUUAUCUGAUGAUCGCCACUCCCAAACAGGGUCUGACACUUGCCACGGAUGGUACGUCUGCAUUACGCUAAAUUCAGAAAAAAACUUUUGUGGGUUUGUGAGUUGCAGUGGACAUAAAAAAAAACUUUAUUUAGAAGUUUUAUUUCCCAUUGAUUCCUAAUAAUUUCCUAAAAAAUGGACUGAAAGGUUCAUUCUAAAUAAUUGGUAGCAAUUCUACUUGUAACUUCUAUAUAAUUAACUGGUUCUCGCACUAUGUGUGGAAAUUUGUCUUAUUUGCGCUUUAAUUUGUACCAAAUUUCUUCACUUUUCCAACAAACUUUUGACAUUUUUAAAGGAUAGGUUCACAAUACUUCAAGUCUGUGUUAAAACAAUACUCAUAUGCUGUAAUCGUUCCUCCUGUUCAUGCUGGACAUUAAGAGAUCUUUUCCCGAUGAGCUUCUGCACACAUGAUAAAUUUCCCUAAAUAAAGUCAAAUCACAGAACAAAACCUCAAAAUCGGUGUUAGAGAACCGGUUGGUUUCUGGGUCUGUGCAGAAUAUGAUGAAGCUGCUAUCUAUAGUAUGCUCUAUCAUGGCCACUUUCCACUUCCAAAGUUUUUACUUGCCACUGACGCCAAGUUCUUGCUCGUGGUGGGAAUUGUUGGAACAGAUAACUUCUCUCGUGAUUUGGCACUAUGCAAAUAAAAUUGAAUUAAAUUGAAUUAAUUAACUCAGAAUGCUAAAGCAUCACAAUAGCUGCAAGCAUUCUGGCCAUUCACUCCUGCACAAUAGAGAUUUGGGUCUUCUCCUGUCCUGUUAUUUUACUGUCAGUUACAACUGAGAAAUGUCUCUGAAUGUCAGACUUUCCUUGUUUUGCUGCUGUUCCUUAAAACCCAGCUUUAAUCUUCUUCUUCUUCAUUCGUUGACUCCAUCCUUUUAAGAUUAAUCCCAGGACCCACAAUUUAUUUUCUGACCGCCCAGCAAAGUGAAAACCGCCUGCUCCCUGGGAGAUUUGCCUUGGGUCUCAUGGGAUCCCAAUCCCAAUGUAGUCUGCUAUUCCAGAUAAACUUUGGAAGGAGGACUGUAGAUCCAUCACUUUCAUCACUUUCAUUGGACGUACUUAUCAACCGAUAUGGGUUUCUCAAUGGCCGAUGCUGAUAUAUGAUGCAGAACUCAACACAAAGAAAAUGUUAAUGUAUAAUACUUUUCUGUUCUGCAGGAAAUUCAGAUAUAUGUUUACAGCAGGAUGUAUGAGAGUUACAGUGCAGGACUCUAAACCAACCUUUUCCCUGACAAGCUGCCUGCAGAUGUGCCUGAGGACAUUUUUGUUUGUCAGCCUAAUGAGCGCAAUCAUUGGCCAAUGCCGAUUAAUCAGCCACCCAAUUAGUUGGCCUAUCACUAAUUGGAAGGAAUGAUUACAGCAGGAAGAACAGUGUUUUAAUAUUCAUAAAGGCACCUGAUAGAAAUGUGAACCUUUCCUUUAAGACAUCAAGGAACCUGAAAAAUAAAAGUGAAUCCCGUCACAUUAACAUACUUAAUUCUGCCUUCUGUUAAAGUUUAUUCUUGACUACAGUUGCCUUGGACUACAUCCAAGACCAUGAAUGGCAUGAAAAAGAUCUUCUAACCUUAUAAACUGUCCACAGGUUUGUUAAAAAAAGUUUCCAACCUAUAAACAGAACCCAUCUCUGGCAAACAUAUCCGUGAGUUUGGAGUGUGGCUUCACGUGGCUAAGUCUUCCUUUAACUUGCCUGUUGUUGCCUUUAGUUUCUAACGUUCUCUUUUCUUAAAAACAAAAAAAAAAUAUAUAUAUAUAUAUAAAUAUAUAUAUAUGUAGGUGAAUAAAAACAUAUCAAAGGUAGUAUGGGCAGACUUUUUGAAGUAACAAGAUAUACUGAAGUUCUUUGGAUAAUAUCACAACAACUAGUAUGACUUCUUCUGAGGAUUUUAUCAGAUAUAGCUUUAAGAGAGAUUCAAUUCAGUUUGUUUUUCUUAUAAAGAAAAGAAGAGUUUUCUGUAAAUACCGUUUGAUUUUCAUUUUGUUUUGGGUUUUUUGACUAAAAUGGGUUGAUUAUAAAAUCAAAAUGAAAAAAAUGGGACCUUGGCUCACUUCUUUACAUGCAAAAUGAUGCACCAUUUUGUUUGUGGAUUUUUUUAUAGAGUCGUCAUUGUAGUCCUUUCCAGCCGGGUAUCAAAUAUCAGCUUGUGUAAAUAGAAAGACCAACAGAAGCUUUUGAAAAGUUUUGUAUUUUUAUUUCUUGCUCUUAUUUAAGAUGAAAGUCAUCCUCCUUUGCACAUAAUGUUAGACCAUUUUUAUGACAACGCUUAUAUUGGAUAGGCAUGUUUACGUUACUGACUUGAGAAGAUUUAUUCUGUAAUUUUAUUUCUAACGAGACAAAGUUUAAUUAUUUAAAAUGUUAACAUGACUGGUACAGAGAUGAUUUUUUUUCUAUGUUUGGUUUGGUUUUACUGUCCCACGCCAAUUAUAUACCGAUAGCACCAUGUUCUGUUAACGAUGAAAUGUCAAUAAAAGUGAAAACUUCAUUGUCUAA